UUCAGAUUGUUCACACAGUACCAGCUAGACUGCCUUUCUAGUGUUCUGAAUCUUCUGCCAAAAAAAAUGCCUCGUCAAGGAAGAUCACGUGCCCCUGCCAGAGCAUCACCCCCACCAACACGUGCUGCUGCCCCUGCUCCUAGGGCUGCACCUCCCCCAAGUGUCCCUGCUCAUGCACCCCAAGCACACCCACCAGCACCCAUGCAGCAAAUGCCCCAGCAGCCAUCCAUGUUUGCCCAGAUGGCGGCAACAGCUGGAGGUGUUGCAGUUGGUUCUGCCAUUGGACAUGUAGCUGGACAUGCUUUGACUGGCAUGUUCAGUGGAGGAUCCUCUUCUGAAGCUGCUGCUGCUCAGCCAGUUCAGCAACAAACUGCAGCUCCCCAAUAUGGAGCAGCCGCUCCCCAAGAGCCCACUGGUCCAUGUGCUUGGGAAAUCAAACAGUUCCUGGCCUGCUCUCAAAAUCAGAGUGAUUUGACUCUGUGUGAGGGAUUCAAUGAAGCUCUAAGACAGUGCAGACAGAGCCAAAGCACCUACAUGUAAAAAUUGGAGAACACAGCCUGUGGGCUUUAGGAUGGAUUAGAACUGACAUCAACAAAAAAUUGACCUAGUGUAGAUCAUCUAAUCGAUCUCUGGAUAGGAAUACAAUUUAUUGGUUUCAAUAUAAA